AUGGGCAGGUGCAACUGGUGCCGGGACAAGUUAGAGGUCCCGAACAAGCUUUUUGCAUCUAUGCCCUCCACGAUGAAGGCUCCUUGGCAGCAGCACUUGGCAGAGAUCCGCGUAAUUGAUGUGCCGGCAAAGAAUCUGCAGGAGUUUCAAGCUUUCCUCCAUGAGUUCAGUGGAUCUGGCGACCUUCCAAUUGCGGAACAGCGCUUCUUUGAUCCUUACGUGGCCUAUACUGGCAAGGUACAUACGCAGCACCGGUCAGUAGCAGAUAUUCUACAAUACCUUUUGAACUACGCCGCCAAGAACCCCCAGUACGAGGAAGCUAGAAGAAACUGCCAAACCUUUGCGUCCGACUUUUUCACCCUUUUGACGGGCGAAGAAGCGGUUCCCACGCAGGCUUUCUGUCGUGCGCUGUACAAGCCGCGCGCCAUGGACUUCAUGUAUGCUGGCCCAAUUGCCAACACUGUUUGA